AUGCAGGACAUUAUGCAAGCCUGGCUCAAAUGGGCAUCCCAACGCGACCUGCCCAAACGAGUCUUUGCACACCUCGCACAAAGCAAGCCCGACCACCCCAUCCCGGAAGAAGACCAACUUGAGCUCAUUCGGAUAGCCUGCGAGGUCAUGGAAUGGGACUACGACUCCAUGACGCAAGCCGCCGAAGGACAGCCCUUUCGCCUUAAUCUUAUGCAAGCCUUUGCAGACCUCCUCAACGACCCAGACAAAGAUCUCCCAGCCGUGUUACGCGUGGGGGUACACACAGGAGUCUUUGACCCCAUUGAGCCCUCAGGGCUUUGGCCGUUAGCCAAGAUCCAGCCUCUGGCAUCAUCAGGAUUGGAGGUAUGUGAGGGGAACUGGAAGCCAGCCGAGGCAGACCCGGAUACAGUACGAGGCCUUUUAGCAGACGAAGAAGCCGCAGGAUGGAUACAGCCCGUGCCAGGCGGCCUUGAGGAAGCCAAGCAGCUUUGGCCAAAGGGCAUCGCCGUCGGCAAGCUCAGCCUUGUAAAGGCGGAGAACAGAGACCCUCGACUUGUUCUGGAUAGCACGGUCUGCCAGGUCAACCCCAUGUGCCGCAUCCCCGAAGCGGUUUCAAUGCCUACCGUCAACGAUGUCCGGGCUACCUUCAUGCCGUCAGACCCGCGCGGGUCAUUCCUUGCAGCAAGUGUGGACUUCAAGGCAGCCCACAAGCGAGUCAAAGUUCUCACGUCGCAGGAGCACACAACCAAUGGGCGGACGACCUCAGCCGAGGUCGGCUUCAAGCCUUCAGCCACAGACCUCAAGAACGAGUGCGGGUCAGCCUUUACCGACUUGCGUCUGCGGCCUCCCAGGCCACCUGGUCGGGACCCCCAGACACAACAAGCCCUCUGUUGCCUAGACCAGAGUGACGGCUACGCCGGGACCGACUCCAGCCCGCCACGCCGAAGUGAAAAAGAGGACCGCUGCCUUCCCGUCUGUUUGCUCUGCGACACUUUGCCUGCCACGUGCUCGCAUAAGUCGAGCGUGCUCCUCAGCCACGAAACGCCUGCCACAGGUACCUUCUUCUUCCUGCUCGACGAGGUUGGGCUCAUCUUCCCUCCACCAGACAUUCGUGGCGUGAUCGACAAGACCGCGCAAUUCGUGGCCAAAUGCGGUGAAGGUUUUGAGCAGCGCGUGCUUCGCGAGCAAAACCACACCAAGUUCGCUUUCUUGCUGCCCAACAAUCCCUACAGGCCCUACUACGAGCAUAAAGUCAAAGAGUUCAAAACUGGUGUUGUUGAGGACACAAAGCCUGAAGUUCCUCAAGCAAUCAUAGACCAGAAAGCAAAAGAGGAUGCCAAGAGGCUGAAGAAGGAACAGCUGAAGGCGUUGACGAUGGGAGAGAAGAAGAAGAAACUAGUCAAGCCACCGCCACCGGACCAGUAUGUGGUGAACCAUCCCUACAUUGCGCCGAUGGACACGGACAUAAUCAAGCUGACAGCGCAGUUCGUUGCUCGCAAUGGCCAGAAAUUCCUGAUCGGGUUGACGCAGCGUGAAAGUCGAAAUCCGCAGUUCGACUUCCUGAAGCCGACUCAUGCUCUCUUCGGCUACUUCACAUCCUUGGUGGACGCUUACACGAAGUGCCUCAUGCCCAACAAGGACGAGGUGGAAAAGCUGAAAAAAUGCACUGGCAACCCUCAGGAGGUAAUUGACAAGGCCAUGGCACGAUUUGCUUGGGACGAGCAGGAGGAAGCCACCCGCGUGAGCCGCGAGGAGGAAGUUAAAGAGGAGAAGGAGCAGAUGGCACAGAUUGAUUGGCAUGAUUUUGUCAUCGUGGAGACGAUUGAGUUUACUGCAGAGGAUGAAAACUUGCAGCUUGCCGCGCCAAUCGAUCCCUCGACCCAUGCUCCAAAGGGAGCGCCGGCACCUCUGGAGCAAGCAGGCACUAUGUUCGCAGAGGCAAAGAUUGAAAAGCAGGUGAAGGGCGUGGAGGAAGAAAUCCGGGAAGAGCCGGCUAUUGAUCUAGAGAAGGAGGAAAGGGAAAGAAGAGAAAGGGAAAUGGCGGAGCAGCGAGAACGGGAGCUUGAGCGGGAAAGAGAAGAGCAGCGCGAAAAGGAGGAAAGGGAAAGGCAGCAGAGGGAGGAGGAAGAGAUGGUCCCUGAGGAGGAGCCCAUUGACAUGGAGCCGGAGAUUCCCCUCCCUAUGCAGGAGCCAGAGAUGAAAGUCCGAAAGGACUAUGUUCGACAGAAGAAGGGCAGUGCACAGCGGCUGAUGCAGCGCUGCCCGAUCACAGGCCAGCUGAUUGCUGCCGAGGAGAUGUCCAACCACCUGAAGGUGCUGUUGCUAGAUCCCAAGUGGAAGCACCAGAAGGAUGCCCUGGUGGAGCGAGCCAGGAAGGAGUCUGCGUUCGCAGAUGACGUAGAGGCAAACUUGGCAAGCUUCGUGGCCAAAAGGCCCGACUUGUUCGGUACUGUCGAGGAGGAGAUUCGAGAAGCAGCAGAGGCAGGUGCCGAGGCCGCAGCACGAGAUGCUGGCGCAGAUGCCGGUCCGGCACACACAAUGGUGCCGCCAACGGCAUAUGACGCAGCAACAGCAACGAAGGCUCUGCCUUCAGGAAAGCCCGGGGCGCCGGGCUCCUCUGCGCUGCCGGCUCCGUCGAUGCCCGCUCUUGCCGGUGGACAGCAAGGCCCUAUUGCAGGCGUGUCUACGAUCAACGCUAGGUUACCUCAAGCAUCUCUCGUAAACCAGCAACAGGGAGCCGGCGGUGCACCUCCUGGCAUCCGUCCGCCAGGAAUGGCCGGAGGCCCGAUGGCUUUAGCGGACGAUGACGAGGACGACGAGCCAGCUGCGAAGAAGCCCCGCCUAGACGACGGAUCCCUCCAAGCCGAGGAAUCGUGGGUGGCGAAACAUCCUGUGCCUAUAGCUGUGAUCGUCCAGGUGAACCUGGGAGCCGAUGCACUGGCUGCGGGUAUCCAGCCUGCCAUCCCCAUCGAAGUGUCUGUUCGCAACAAAGUGCAAGAGCUCAAGGGGAUGCUGGUUCCCAAGGUAGCAGCUGCCGGACUGAGUGUGGCCGACAUGAAGCUCAAGGUUCAGAACUCAGGCUACAUCCUGAAAAAUGCCAAUUCAUUGGCGUUCUACAACAUCGCGUAUGCAUCCAAGAGCAUGUUUUUGCGCAAACCUUUGCAGCACUUUGCAUGCUUCCACAGCUUGUGCCACUGUGCGAUGACCGUGGACAGCGGCAUCGGUGGGAGUGAGAAGCAGACUCGUGAGCUCGUCCGCGAGGAGCGUAAGACACAUUUCCAGAGCAAGGGAGCUGGUCCAGCCUGUGUCAGCAAGACGCGGACACCGGUGCAGGGCCUCUUCGAUUCCGGGACGACAGGUACACUCAUCCGGCAGUCUCUGAGGGCCAAGGGCGAAUCUAUUUUGUUGAACUUGCCCAGCCCAGAGGCGGCAGAGGGCGGACCGCAGACGGCCACAUCCAUGAUGAUGGCUUCGGUGACUCCGCCUUUGCACGAAGCCUCAUUUGGCCCGGGUAGCCAGCAGGCGGUGCUGGUGAGCUCCCACAUGACCUGGCUCAGCUUUCCCAAAGUCAAGGUAGAAGCUGCGCAGCACACAAGCUUGGACCAGCUUGAGACCAAGCAUGCAGAGUUGGACGGAAGUCAGGAACGAGCUCCGCUUGAAGAGCAGCUCGUGGGAGCAGACCUGGCGUCGUUGCUGUGA